UCACAUCCACCAUUCAAGGGAGAGAGGGAGGUGUCAGCCAGGCAGCCAACCAUGAGCACAGGCCAUCACACUACUUAUACAUGAAUGACAUCGCAGCCGUAUGGAGUCCGUCUAAUAGAUGAUCCAGAGCAGCCAGAAGGACUAGGUGCAGAGCUGUGCUGUAGGACUGGGAAAGAGAGCUGAACUGCAAGAUCGGGAGAGAGAGCUGGCACAGAGUGAGAAGGCAGCACACAGGGGAUUGCAUGGACAGAUUUAAGGAUUUUCCUGACUUUAUCUGCACCCAGGGGUCCUGACAUUGCAGCCUGCACAGGGAACUGCACCUCAUAUAUUAUCCUCUCCUGCAGAAAUUGAGUCUCUGGUUACCAUGGUGAUCCAGCUGAAAGUGGAGAAUAUUUAACAAGGGGGAGCCGGAGCCGGCAGGCAGACACGCUGGUGCCAUCAGGGCUGCUGUGCAAUAUUCCGUCCCAGCCUCUCCUGCGCUGUCAUGAGAAGAGGGGGUCCCAGAUCUCCUGCACCCUAGUGACGCUCCUUACCCAUUCUCAUGCAUCAUUUAUGAUCUCCGGGAAGAGAGGACACCGUGGUCAGUGACUUUGCCUUGCUCCUUGCAGCAUGGAUCACCCCCAGUGCCUUGUGACUAUAUAUGCCCUUGUGGUCUUCCUGGUUGGACUCAGACUAGACCAAGCAGUCUGCCAGCACUACCUGCACAUCAGACCAGCCCCUAGUGAAAAGCUACCACUGGUGGAUCUUAUUGAGCACCCGGAUCCCAUCUUCGACCCCAAGGAGAAGGAUCUGAACGAGACUGAGCUAAGGACUCUGCUGGGUGGACAUUUUGACCCCAGCUUCAUGGCCAUCAACCUGCCCGAGGAGCGGCUGGGGGUGGAGGACCUGGCAGAACUUGACCUGCUCCUCAGGCAGAAGCCUUCUGGGGCCAUGCCAGCCGAAAUCAAGGGACUUGAGUUCUAUGAGGGUCUACAGGGCAAGAAGCACAGACUGAGCAAGAAGUUGAGGAGGAAGCUGCAGAUGUGGCUGUGGUCCCAGACCUUCUGCCCGGUGCUAUACACGUGGAAUGACUUGGGCGUCAGGUUCUGGCCCCGCUACAUGAAAGUGGGGAGUUGCUACACUAAGAGGUCUUGUUCUGUACCAGAGGGGAUGGUGUGCAAGGUCUCCAAGUCCAUGCAUCUGACUAUCUUACGGUGGCGGUGCCAGCGCCGGGCGCUUCAGCGCUGCACGUGGAUACCCAUACAGUACCCCAUCAUAUCGGAGUGCAAGUGCUCCUGCUAAAGGACUGUCAUUAUUCUAUGGAAGGACUCUGCAAAGAGACAUCGCUUCGUCGUUAAUGUUGUAUGCACUGUAAUAUGUAGGAAUGUAUAUGUAUGUAUAUAUGGUACCAGUUUAAAUUACUAUUAAAAAAAGGUCAGUAUUAUUCUUUUAAAAAAACAGUGUCUACUGCAUUUCCAAGGCAAUUAUUCUGGUUCAGUUCUAUUUGUUUUGUGUUUAUUAUUAUUAUUUUUCCCUAAUGUUAUCUGUAUUUAUAUACAAACAGCACUUCGCAUUGCGGAGCAUUUUUUUGGUUUAAAUUUAUGAUUUUUUUUAAAAAAACGUAAUUAUUUUUAAUACUUUAUUAUAGAUGCUAUUUCCUUUAUUUGGGAGGGGGGGGAGAAGCAGCGAUGGACCUCAUAAAAAAAGAGUGAGAAAUUACUUUUCAGCUACUGUACAUACAGAGAACACUUUUUUGGAGUAAAAAAAUAACUAAACCUGUAAAUGAAGACUAUCUGCUAUUUAUUCUUUUAUUUUUAUCCCUUUGUAGUAAAGAUACAGUGCAGAUUAGAAUUAAACCACUAAAAUAUUAAA